AUGGGGAUUGAUCCAUAUGAUCCGGACAUUCGUUUUCACUCAGUUCUGGUUCAUGGUGUUGCUGGUCUUACCCCAUUCCAGAUACAUAAGAUGUUUGCUGAAUUUUCUCCGACUGCUGUUGAUAUGAUAGACGACCAAAGUUGCAAUGUUAUAUGGAACGAACAGUUCACGGUUGGAAAGAUGAUUCUUGAAAUGACAAAACCACUGAAAAGAGUACGAGGGCACCGAGAAACGGAGGAAGGUGAAGUUGAUGAGAAUAGCAGUGAUGAAGAAGACGGUGAAAUGAAGGAAGAACAGGGAGAUGAUGUUACAAUUGAUAUCAAAGGUCUUUUGUUUGCUGACUCGUCUAAAGAAACGAAAGUUGAAGUUUUAUAUUUAGUAGAGUCAAAAAUUACAUUGGUAGGAAUCGGAAUGUUUUUGCUAUACGAAAAUACAUUAAAAGGUUUAAAAACAUGUUUUAGAAGAACAGCAUAUUGUAAAAUCAUUUUUCUAUUUUCACAUUAGAG